AUGCCUAAUAGUGCAUAUCAGUUUGAAAAAUCGCCAACACUUAUCCGCAAGCCCAGUGUUCCAGUGCCCUUUCAGGGCUUAUCUUCAUUUUGCAAUCUGACGGAUAUCCCCGAGUUGAAUUCUGCCCUAGGAAUGAUAACUGGGAGUACCGUUACUGGUACCAGUGGGGUUACAAGCGAUCCCUUUGUGCACUCACGUCCUGGCACUGGAGGGAUGGCCGCUUUUGCCGCCUAUGCAAUGCGUUCUGCCGCGAUUCAAGCCGCCACAGCUGCUGCCAAUACUAACACCAUCUCUGCCACCACGGCAGCAACAUUAAGUUCUGUUAAUUCAGCUGGAAGCCUCUCUCAGUCUUUUUCUAAUGCUGCUCUAACCUCUAGCUCACCUCUUUCUCCUCCACCACAAUCUGCAGGACUAGCCGGUGUGGGUAGCAAUCCUGGUGUGGGAGACCCCAGCAACCCCCCGCCUAGCCCUGUGUCUCCUCAGGCUCCUCCCCCUCUACCCUUUACGAUCACCCCACAAACUGAUCUGCCCGUACACCACUGGAGAGAGGGAAAUCUGCCCGCGAAUUCCAAGUGCAGUAGCUGCAAGAAAACUUGUUGGUCUGCUGAGUGCUUAACUGGUAUGCGGUGCGAGUGGUGCGGCGUUACUGUGCAUUAUACGUGCUUUCGAAACCUUCCCGUCGAAUGUGAUUACGGUUCAUUGAGAGACAUUAUGCUACCCCCACAGGCGGUUUCUAUUCCCAGAACUAGUCUUCUUAUGGAACACAUCAUUGGCCUGCCCAAACCACAAUCCGACUUCUUUCCUGGACUUCCAGCUCUGAUGGAUGAAUUCACUAGUAGUGGAGAAAGUCUUGAGGAGUCUGGCUUUGAUCGUCGAGCCAAUCGCGACAAAACCGACCGAGAUUUUGAUGACUACGUUCGAGUGUACGAUGGGAUGGAUCGAUAUAGGCGACACCAAUGUCGUUACCUCUCUUUGGGCAAAAAUGUUUCUGUUAGAAAAGUGAUCGAACUCUCACUCAAGGCAUUCCAACUUCCUCCUGAUGAAGAAAAUGAUUUCUAUCUGGUUGAAAUUAAUGAAAGAGAUGGUAGUGAACAUCGCCUUGAUUCCAACACUUCAUUUAAGCGACAGUUGCAGUUUGAAACCCGACGGCCACAGAUUAUACUUCGAUAUAUUGAACGGGAAGAGAAUCGUGAUUAUAUUAAUGUCUACCCAGGCUCUUUGACAGAAUAUGCCGAUAUAAGUGUGCCCUCAAUUCAAGUUUCAAUAACCCCAGAAACCUCAGCCCAUGACGUGCUUAUUUUAUCUCUUCAUCGGCUCGGUGUUGGGUACCUAGACGCAAAGAAAUUCAACCUAGUAGAGACAGUUGUUGAUCGAGGUCUCGUUGAACGCGUUCUUCAUCCUACAGAUCGGCCUUGGGAGAUAAUCGAUAAUGUUCGAUUGGAGUCUGUGCGAGCCCUACGGUUGACACGAUUCUACAUUCGUUCUGUCAAAGACCCCUAUGGUCAAGGCGUAUCUCUCUUUGUUGGAAACCUCAAAAAGGGUCUGAGCCAGCGCCUCUAUGAAAUAAUUCUCCUUGAACGACUGGGAUAUCAAAAUAAGUGGGAUGCUAUUGAAGUGAUCUACUACGACUUUGGCAGUCUUGUGGUAAUCUACUCCAAUGCAGAAAAGGCCGAUGAAGCGUAUCGAUUGUUGAAGAAUAGUACCUUCGAGGAUCGCCCGAUUCUGGCAAUGAUUCUCCCCCGGAUCAAACCAGAAUUCAUCCUCGAGGGUACUCAACCGCUGCUGGUGUUCGUGAAUGUCAAGUCUGGGGGGUGCCAGGGUCUGGAACUUAUCACAUCCUUUCGAAAACUGCUCAAUCCUCAUCAAGUGUUUAAUCUGGAUAAUGGAGGUCCAUUGCCGGGUUUGCAUUGCUUCCGUCAUCUCUUGCGGUUCAAGAUCCUCGUGUGUGGAGGCGAUGGGACCGUCGGUUGGGCGCUCUCCUGUCUGGAUAACGUCGGCCAGGAUGCAGCCUGUCCUACCCCACCCAUGGCCAUUCUCCCCAUUGGCACUGGCAAUGACCUUGCCCGUGUCCUCCAUUGGGGUCCUGGUUAUACUGGCACUGAGGAUCCUCUUCAAAUACUACGAGAUGUUGUGGAGGCUGAAGAGAUACGACUUGAUCGGUGGACAGUGGUGAUUAAACCGGACCAGGUGGAGAGCGAUGCACAGAAGAAGCAACUUCAAAUUGAAGCGAAUGCUUGUAACACCAAUGAGGACACUAGCCGCAUAUUUGUUAUGAACAACUACUUCGGCCUGGGCAUUGAUGCAGACCUCAAUCUCGACUUUCACCUCGCUCGUGAGGAAAAUCCCGCCAAAUUUAAUAGCAGGCUAGUUGCAUUGACUUCCAAUCCCUCAAUCGAAACGGAAGCUUGCUCUUCUCUCCUGCUAUUCUCCCGACGUCUGGUUUUUUUGCAGUGUUGUCGCCUCAAUUUAGCAUUGAUCCACAAUAAAUCCGUGUAUUUCAAGAUGGGCCUGCGUAAGAUGGUGAAUCAGACCAAGUGCAAGGAUCUACAUCAGAAUGUGCUCAUAGAGGUGGACGGUAAACUACUUGACUUGCCUCCUAUCGAGGGCAUCAUAAUUCUCAACAUCCUUUCUUGGGGCGCAGGCGCCAAUCCCUGGGGAGUGGAGAAAGAUGAGGCCUUUACCAAACCCACCCACUACGAUGGCCUGCUUGAAGUCGUUGGUGUCACUGGUGUAGUACAUAUGGGACAGAUAUUUUCUGGUCUGCGCACUGGAACUCGACUUGCUCAGGGUGGACAUAUACGGAUAACGUUGAAGUCGGAUAUUCCUGUGCAAGUGGACGGCGAACCAUGGAUUCAAUCGCCUGGGCAAAUCGUUGUUCUGCGUUCCGCUUUAAAGGCAACAAUGCUGAAGAAGAGGAAACGUCGGAAGGUAAAUCGUCGGCAUACGGAGCCGGGUCUUGGAGCCAGCAGUGGGGUAGCAGGCGAAGGUGGACCAGGCAGCGGAGUCAUAGUACAGCCUCCACCUGCCACAGCCAUUUCUAGUAUUUCUGAAAUUUCUACUGCUGGUACCGCCUCUACUUUUUCUACUAAUAUCACUUCAUCGUCGACCGGAGGCCUCUACAGCAGCAGUAGUGGAACCAGUGGGAUGAGUAGCGGUGGAAAAUCCCGACGAGCGCUCACCGUUCUGCGAUCAGAAGCUGUUAUGGGGGCAUCUCAGUAUACACUCCAUUCACAGGUCGCCAUUCCCUCAGAACGCAGACCUGUAACUCCCACACCCUAUAUCCUCCAUGACUUCACCCUCGAAGAUCGUUUCAUUGAUUGUGGCAGUGGACCUGAGUUGGCUCCUCGCAAUCAUCGCAACAGACCUACUGCGGUGUCAGCGGCUGUCUCAUCACCAAGUACCAGAGUGGUAGCAACUUCAGCUCCUUCUGUAGAUUCCUCUUCCCCAGGGCCUUCUUCCUCUUCGUCGACUUCAGCAUCUGCACCGUCGUCAACAUCAUCAUCAGAGUCGUGUUCGGCUGCUGCUUCACCGGGCUUUCUUCUCAAUCUAUCGCCUCCGGAGGAAUAG